CAUCACGCUGGGUCUGAGCGGACACUGCACUUGCGGUGCCAAACACACAGAACCAAAUCCGUGAAAUCUCGCAGGACACCAACCAGUAUGAAACAUAGUAUGUGCGACUGUUUGUAAGCUAUAGAUCAAGAGCAGCCGCUCUGCGAAGCCGAUCCCCGCCAAUUCGCGAGAUGGCCGAGUUCACGGAAGCGGAGAAGCGCGAUGGCUUUGCGGUGCGCUACUCGCCCGGCAAGGGCCGGCAUCUGGUGGCUGCUCGCGCCUUCGCGGCGGGGGAGGUGGUGCUGCAGCAGGAGCCCUACGCGGCAGUGCUGUCGGACGAGAUGACCCCCGGCGUGUGCGAUCAUUGCUUCCGGCACUGCGCCCGCCCGCUGCGCUGCGGCCGCUCCCGCCUGGCGCGCUACUGCUGCCGCGCGCACCAGGCGGCGGCCUGGGGCCCGGGCGGCUACCGCGCCGAGUGCGAGGCGCUGGUGCGCUGCGCGCCGCGCGUGCCGCCGCCCACCGUGAGGCUGGCGGCGCGCGUGCUGUGGCGCCGGGCCAGGGAUCUGGAGCAUAAGAAACAGCAGCAGCAACAGCAGCAGUUCGGCACUGCCCCCGUCGCCACUGCCAGUCAACCGACCGCACCAGCACCAGCACCAGCAGCACCAGCACCAGCACCACCAACGGCUCACGCGCACCACGACCCGCCGCACGACUCGGACCACGAGGGGCUGUGGGCUCUGUGCAGCCACUGGGAGUCGCUGGACGCGCGGCGGCGGGGCAUGUACGCGCAACUGGCGGUGGUGACCUGGCAGUACAUGUUCGGUACGCCCGACGGCCCCCUGCCGCCCGCGGACGGAGACGAGGCGGUGGCCGCCGCCAGCAGCAGUAGCACGGGUGCUGCCGCAGGUGCUGCUACUGCCGCCUGGCCUGGCUUUAAGGAGGUGGCGCAGCUGCUGGCGCGACUGGCGGUCAACUGCCACACGGUGUGUGAUGAGGAGCUGCGGCCGCUGGGCACGGCGCUGUACCCGUCCGGCGCCUUGGCCAACCACAGCUGCAGACCCAGCACCGUGCAGGUGUUCCGCGGCCGCACGCUGCAGCUGCGCGCGCUGCGCCCGCUGGCGCCCGGCCAGGAGGUGACGCUGUGCUACCUGGAGCCGGCCGCCACCGCGCAGGAGCGGCGGGAGGCGCUGUGGGACAGCUACUGCUUCGACGUGGCGGCACCCGCAACCAGCGGCGGUGCUGGUGCUGGUGCUGGUGCCGGUGCCGGUGGUGCUGAUGGUGCUGGUGCUACAGCCGCUGGCGCUACUGCUACUGCCGCUGGCGCGGAAACCGCUGAGGAUGCUGCUGGGGCUGGGGCGACAGCAAUGGAGGUGGAGGGAGAGGGGGCUGCCGCUGCCGCGCCCGGUCGGCCGGCGGGUAUGGCGGCAACGCCGUUCUGUGCGGCUGCGGCGGCUGAGUGCCUGCGGCCGCCGCCGGCCCUCACGCUGGACCUGAUGCCGGGCGCCCGACUGCUCGUGUACGGCCCCAACACAUCCACCACCACAACCAACACAACCACCAGCAUUGACACCAACAGCACCACAACCACCAAUACCAUCACUAGCAGCACCAACAGCAUCACCACAACCACCACCAACAGCACUAGCAGCAACGGCGCCGGCGAGGGCACGGGGCCGGCGGCUCACUGGAGCGGUCGGCCGCCGUGGCCGGAGGAUGAGGGCGUGGACACGGAACUCACACGGGUCGUGUGGGCGCCCGCGGCGGCGGCGGAGGCGGAGGCGGAGGCGGCGGUGCCGGUGGCGGUGGCGGGCGGGCUGCUCGCGAGGCUGGUUCCAAAGCGACCGAAUGAGCCGGAAGAGGAAGAGGAGGAGGAAGAGGAGGAAGGAGAGGAGGAGGGGGAGGGUGGGGAGGGCGGGGCAGGGCGGGGGCAACAGCAGGGGCUAGGGUCUGUAGGUGAGGAGGAAGAGGAGGGCGCAGGCGCGGGGGCAGGAUUGGGGCCGGGGGCUGCGGCGGGGCGCGGGCAUGCAAGCGCGCCGGGGCGCCGGCCGCCGCCGCUGCAGAUGCCAGCGAAGCCCGGGGGAGGCGCAGGCGGCGGCGGCGGUAGCGGAGGCGGCGGAGGCGGCAGGCGCGAGCAGCCGCCGCGCAUUGAGGUACUCGCCUGGGGACCCUGGGUGUCGCAACUCCUGGCAGCGGCGGCAGCAGCUGGCGCCGGGAAUGCAGCUACAGCUACAGCUACAGCUGCUGCUACAGCCGCGGCCUCGGCGGCGGGUGCUGCUACUGCUGCCGCCGGGUCCGGCCCUGUGCCCAGUCAUGCCGCGGUUGCGGGGCUGCUGCGGCGGUGCGUGGCGGCGCUGCAGAUGUCGGCGUGUGCGGCGGAGUUUGCUGGCGAGAAGCGCUUUGGCAACGCUGUGGAGUUGCUGGUGGGUGCCCUCGACACACUAGCGCAGCCCGACUCGCCGGAGAAUCAUUCACGCCAGCCGCCCAAGCCAGCAAUAACGGCAACAGAGGCGGCGUCGGGGCCUGGGGCGGCGGCGACGGACAGUGCUGUUGGCCCCGGCGGCGGCGGCGGCGGUCUGGUGCUUGGUCCACACCACCUGCUCACAGCCCGACUGCGGGCGCAGCUGCUCAAAGCUGCCAUUGACUGUGCCAGUAGCGGCGGUGGCGGCGGCGGCGGCCGCAGCGCCGGCGACUGCAUGGAUGUAGACGGCAGUGGCGGCGGCGGCGGCGGCGCCGCGGGGGAGGAGGACGAGGGGGCCGGGGUGCAGCGGAUGUGGCAGUUGGCUCUCGGCACGGCUCGGGACCUGGUGCCGCACUACCAACUCGUGUACGGAGCCGUGAUGGCGGCGCCAGGCUGUAGCGGUUACAGUGGCAGUAGCAGUGGCAGUGGCAGUAGCAGUAGCAGCACCGCCUGGCCGGGGCUGUCGCUGCAUUUCGCCACAGUGGCAAAGCUGGAGUCGCUGUUGGGCCGGCCGCGGCGGGCGCUGGCGGCGGCGGCGGCGGCCAUGGCUGGGCUGCGCCUCACGCAUCCGGUCGGAGCGGCAAGUGGCGGCGGCGGCAGCGGCGGGGAUGGCGGCGAGGCGGCGGCGGUGGGUGAGAGUGUGACGGCGCAGGUGCUGCGGGUGGCGCGGGAGGCGGAGGCCGAGAUGGCGAUGCGGCAGCAGCAGCAGCGGCAGCGGCGGGUCAUGGCGGGGGCAGCGGGCGGGCAGCAGGAUGAGCAGGAGGAGGAGGACUGAGGAGGACUGAGGAGGACUGGCCAGGGCAAGGCGUGCAGCGCUGCCCUAGCUCACUUGGCAGCUUCAGCCUGCUGGGUGAUACAAAGCAAACGAGCAUCAUGGGUGGUGGGCUGGAUGGAGAAGCAAGACACGGGCCGUAAGGAGGAGGGUUGCUGGGGUGGGGAGGUGUAGGAUCACGUGUGCCGCUGUUCGGUAUGGGGUUCGGGACUGGAGGAGGGUGCGGGAAGUAGGAUGGUAGAGCGGCGGCGGGGGCACGGUGUGAAGGACACACAGACACGGUGACACGCUGUUGAUGCUGCGGCACACGCUGCGGUUGCGGCUGGGCGGGCUGAGCCAUUGUACGGAAGUUGGCUGGGGGCGGGCUAGGCGCCUCUGCUGCCCAUGCAUACGGGUGGACGGCCGAAUGGCCGAUCAAGUCG